AUGACACAACCUACUUCUCUCAACGCAACCUUCGACACAUCCCUCAUAGACCUCUCACCGCCAUCACAAGACCAUCUCUCAGACACCGGUUACUCCUCCACAGUAGCCGAUUCGUUCUCAACCACAUCAUCCGACCAACCCGUGACCGGCCAACCAAGCGGAGCCUUUCCUCCUCCUCCGACCGAAGUGACCACACCAACCCUUGCAAGGACACCCAAAGCACCCUCAAUCCCGACCCUCAUGUCUGGCGAACCCCCGGCCACUGCCCCGUCCGGGUCCUCGGGUCAUCCCAAGCCAGUCAAGUACGUUCCAACGGUAGACGCCUACGACGCCUGGGCCAGCGUGUACGACUCGGACGGUAAUAUCCUGCAAGCCGUCGAUGAUCUAGAGCUCUCUUCCCUGCUCCCCGAGUUUCUCAAUCUCGUGACGCCGCAGCUGCAAGGCCAGCGGGAGCUCAGGAUCACGGACCUAGGCUGCGGGACGGGCCGCAACACGCUCAAGCUCGCUGCAUACGACUAUCUGGCUGGGGCUACCGCGGUCAGGGUAACAGGUGUUGAUGCGUCGGGGGGAAUGUUGGAGGUCGCGAGGAGGAAGUUCGCGGAGCUACCGCCCACCACGGCAGCUAUUAACGUGACGGCGGAGUUCGCCCAGUACGACCUCCUGUCCCCAGCCUCCGGAUCCGCGUUGCCGCAACAGGCUCAUGCAGUCAUCUCAACGCUCGUUCUCGAGCACAUCCCCCUGUCCACUUUCUUCAAUGCUAUCAGAGCGCUGCUACUCCCAGGCGGAAUGGCGCUGGUCACGAAUAUGCAUCCGCAGAUGGGAGGGAUGAGUCAGGCUGGGUUUGUGGCAGAGGACGGGACGAAGGUGAGGGGCACGAGCUGGGUGUAUGGGGUUGAGGAGACUGUUCAAGGGGCCAGGGCUGCGGGGCUGGAGCUUGUGGGGGAGGUGAGGGAGAGGAGUGUGAGCGAGGAGAUGGUGGAGAGUGGGGUGGUUGGGAAGAGGGGAAGGAAGUGGGUGGGUGUGAGGGUGUGGUAUGGGUUUGUUGUUAGGAGGAUUGGCUGA